AAAACCCAGCCUUCCCUCCCUUAUCCUCCACUCGUAUUUGCCCGCAACACAUCCCCACACAACCUAUAAAAACAACCACAUCCUCCUCUCUUACCAAUCCAAUCUACAAAGAACUCAACAUCACACGUGCGAAUAGGUAAAAAAUUUGAACCCUUCUUGCAGUUUCAAGGCUCAGGUUUGGCGUUAGCGAUGGCGAAAAUGGAGAUCAAAGUGCCGGACGAGAGCUCAACGGAGCAAGAGCACCCCCUCUUGAAGGGCGAACCCCGUCCGGAUGACGCCGGGAGGAAGAGCUUGAUACAAAAGGCCAUGACCCAAACGUUCGAGAGCACUGCCCAUUUGGCCAACCUCUUGCCGACGGGGACAGUCCUCGCGUUCCAACUCCUAUCCCCUAUCUUCUCGAACCAAGGCAACUGCGACCCGGUCAGUCGGGUCAUGAUGGCUGGCCUAGUGCUCCUCUGCGGCCUGUCCAGCUUCCUCCUGUGCUUCACCGAUAGCUUCAGGGAUAGGAAGGGAAAUGUGUGUUACGGGUUCGCCACGCCUCGCGGCCUUUGGGUGAUUGACGGGUCGGACACGCUCCCACCCGAGCUCAAGGAUCAAUACAGGCUAAGGUUCAUAGACUUUGCGCACGCCUUCAUGUCGGUUCUGGUGUUUGGCGCGGUUGCACUUUUCGACGAGAACACGGUGAACUGCUUCUACCCGACGCCGUCGGACGAGACGAGGGAGGUGCUGACGGCGUUGCCGGUGGGGAUCGGAGUCAUUUGCACUAUGUUGUUCGUCGUGUUCCCGACCAAGCGGCACGGGAUCGGUUUUCCGCUUUCCAGUAAUUGAACCACACCACAUC